UAAUCAUACGGGAAAAGAGAAAUGCGCUACUGUCACAAAGCGAAUUCUAAAUCAAAACAGAAAACAAAGGCUUUUGGUGGCUUUUGAUAGAAGUCGCUUGUUGGACAUCCAACUGUCUAUUUCCGCGAAAAUAUUCGAAAACAUCCUUUAAACAGUGUAAAAUAAUCGAAUACUAACAUUAUCAAGUGCUGUGCCUAUUUUAUUUGCGAAAAUGGCUGCUCGCAAGUUGAACACAAUCGAAGAUUUGAGCGAAUCCUGGGUUGAAUUGAACUCUGGCGGUGGAUUGGCUGCGAUGGAAAAUGAAUAUAUACGUUUGUUAAGAGAAGCUCAACGAGAGAGUCGGGACUCCUCGGUGCGUCACUCUAGAGCCUCCAGUGUUAAGGGCAGCCCGAAGUCACCUCCCAACAGUCCCAACUUGGAACCGUCUACGGAAGACGAACUUAAGGGCGUCUACAUUAAUUGCUGGAGGGAUGACUCGAACGAUUGGGUUUGGGAAUGGAGCAGCAGACCAGACCAGUUGCCACCAAAGGAUUGGCGCUUCAAGCAUCCUCAGAGCGCACGUGGACCACCAUCAGCCACCUCCUCCAUUGAGGUUCUGGAGCAGCAGCUGGUAGCACCUGUCAUGCAGCAGAGUCACUGUCUGUCUGUACGUCGCACUUGUCUGUUCAGUCGCGGCGCUAUCGCUGCUGUACUGGUCACAAAUAUUGUGUCUCUGUUGCUCGGAGCCGGCAUCGGAGUUUGGCUCAGCAAGAGAGGUAUCCUUCCUCCUAGACUUAUAAUUCUGAACUAGAGUUCAAAAAGACUGAAAGUUUGA